AUGUUGAUGCCAUCUCAACCUCCCUCAAUAGAAGAACCCUACUUCAACCUCGGCCUCUAUUCGCGUCCCAUCACAACCACCUCUCUAGAAGCCCAAAUCUGGUUCGACCGUGGCCUUCUCUGGACCUAUGCAUUCAACCAUGAAGAAGCAAUCCGCUGCUUCGAAUAUGCCCUCGAAUUCGAUCCCCAAUGCAUCAUGGCGCUCUGGGGUCUAGCAUACGCUUUGGGACCCAACUACAACAAACCCUGGGAAGCCUUUGGCGAAGGAGAACGUAUCAACCAUCUGCAAAGAGCCAGUCUCGCAGUGACAGAAGCAGAGGCUCUAAUAGAUCCUAUGGAGGACACCGAAACUGAGCAGGAACUUAUCAAAGCUCUCCGACGCAGAUAUCCCUCAAACACUGAAGCUGAGGAUUAUGAAAAAUGGAAUCAAGACUACGCGAAUUACAUGUCUACUCUUCACAUCACCGCGAGCCGAGAUCUGGAUAUCGUAGCUCUCUACGCCGACUCCCUUAUGAAUCUCACUCCUUGGUCUCUAUGGGAUAUUCAUACGAACUUACCAACUGAAGGAGCACAUACUCUGGAAGUGAAAGAAAUUUUAGAGUCUGCCCUCGCUUUGAAAUUUGGAAACGAUCAUCCAGGCCUUCUACAUCUCUACAUUCAUCUCAUGGAAAUGUCACCUUCUCCAGAUUCCGCUCUACCGAUAGCGAAUCGUUUACGAGGACUGGUUCCUGAUGCCGGCCAUCUGGAACACAUGCCCACGCACUUGGAUGUCCUUUGCGGGGACUGGGAAAGCGCAAUAACUUCCAACACAUCCGCCAUUGCAGCCGAUGAAAAGUACCUGAAAGUCGCCGGACCAUUGAACUUCUACAGCCUAUACAGAGCACACAACCUCCAUUUCAAAAUCUACGCGGCCAUGUUCGCAGGGCAGUACAAGAUCGCUUUGGAAACAGCAGAAGCUAUAGAGCAAGCCCUGCCGCUGGAAUUAUUACAAGUCGAGAACCCACCAAUGGCAGACUGGUUAGAAAGUUUCGUGGGAUUAAAAGUGCACGUCUUUGUAAGAUUUGGGAAAUGGGAACAUCUCCUCCGCAUACCUCUCCCAGAAAACCAAGAGAUAUAUUGCGUAACCACCGCGCUCUUACACUAUGGUCGAGGAAUCGCAUUCUCUGUCCUCGGAAAACUUGCAGAAGCAAAAGACUCGAAGAAAUCCUUCGAAGAAUCCCGAGCCAAAGUCCCAGAUUCGCGGACCUUGUUCAAUAACACCGCGAAAGAUAUCUUAGCRAUAGCCGCCUCGAUGCUAUCAGGAGAAUUCUCCUACCGCUCCGGAGAAAUCGCAAUGGGAUUCGAAUAUCUGCAGAAAGCUCUCACGCAGAGUGAUAAACUCCCUUACGAUGAACCUUGGGGUUGGAUGCAACCUCCCCGACACGCUUAUGGAGCAUUACUCUUGGAACAGGGAAAAGUUGAGGAGGCGAAAGAAGUGUAUGCGGCAGAUUUGGGGUUGAGUGAUGUUUUGCCUAGGGCGCUGAGACAUCCGAAGAAUGUGUGGGCUUUGCAUGGGUAUUGUGAGUGUUUGAGGCGGUUGGGGAGGAGGGAUCAGGGGCUGGAAGCGGAGUUGGAGGGCAUGAUGGGGAGGACGGAUGUUUUGGUUCGGGCGUCUUGUUUUUGUCGGAGGGAGGGAGGAGGUUGA